ACGUCGAGGUGGACCAAAAGAGACUGAACGGAUUAACUCAUUGCUUCUUCUUCUUCUUUCUUCUUUCUGGGUUUGGUUUGUUGAAUACAUCCUCGUCUUUCGAGAUUGAUAAACGAUGUCGGAUGAAAUGUUUAAAGAUUUAUUUUAUGGUGGGAUGGAUGAGUAUGAGUCUAUAGUGAGAGCUUUUGGAAUAACAUCGGAUUAUUCGAAUAAUAAUAAUGAAAUAUCGGGGACGACUGCAAUGAAUUCUUCUUGUUCGUUUUCAUCUUCGGAUGCUGGAGGAGGCGAGGACGAUGAUUCUGUGAAAGAGAAGGAGAAACAUAUCAGUAAAGAUGUUGUGGAAGAUAAUGGAGGAGAGAAUUCCAAGGCAGCUGGAUCGGGUAAAUCGAAGAAGAAAGGAGAGAAAAGAGAGAGAGAAGCGAGAGUCGCUUUCAUGACAAAGAGUGAGGUUGAUCAUCUUGAAGAUGGAUAUAGAUGGAGAAAAUAUGGACAGAAGGCUGUCAAGAACAGUGCUUAUCCUAGGAGCUAUUACAGAUGCACAACUCAAAAAUGCGGAGUGAAAAAACGAGUAGAAAGAUCCUACGAAGAUCCAUCCAUUGUAAUUACAACCUACGAAGGUCAACACAACCACCCAAUUCCGGCGACAUUAAGGGGGAACCUGUCGGCGGCCAGCGGGACAUUUCCGCCGUCCAUGCUGACGCCAAUGCCUGUGGUCGGUGGCGUUGGGUUUCUGCCUGCAGAACUAUUGAGCAAUGCUUCCAGCAACAACCAAGCAGUCGGUGGCGGUGCCACGGUUUAUUCACACAACAGCUUCGACUAUACUUAUAACGGUCGGCAACCGGAAUAUGGGCUUCUGCAGGAUAUUUUUCCGGCUCCGUCGUCGUUUUUCAACCGGCAGCCGUGAAUGAAGAGUAAAGUCGUUUCUGAUCUGUUAAUUUACAUAAAAGCCCCACCGGAGAUUCUGAUCGUAAUCUCUCAUAUAAUGUAAAUAUUGUUUUAUUUAUAUGGUUAUUGGUGGGAUAAGUUAAUUAUAUUGAAGAGAUAUGUUACGUGUUGCAUUUUUGCAUGCAUUGUAUGUACAACAAUGGCGCCCAUUUACAUUGGGUUGUGAGAUCAGUGAUAGAUAUCAAAUUUUUGACGA